ACCCAUUCGACGAGGUGGGGCUGUGUACAGUGGGGCCUGUGGAUUCCGGGAGGAAGAGAUCCGGGAGAAGCUGCAGGCCUUUCCUGGGGGGUCAAUUGACUUGGUCAAACAGGAGUCUGGGAUUGCACUGAUGACCAUCAACAACCCAGCUCGCAUGAAUGCUUUCACAGGUACCAUGAUGCUGGAGCUGCAGGACCGUGUGACUCAGCUGGAGGAGUGGACCGAGGGGAAGGGUCUCAUCCUCCACGGCGCUGCUGGGACUUUCUGCUCUGGGUCGGACCUGAACGCAGUCAGGGCCAUAUCCAACCCCCAGGACGGGAUGAAGAUGUGCAUGUUUAUGCAGAACGUGCUGACCAGGCUGCUCAGGCUGCCUCUCAUCUCUGUUGCACUCGUGGAGGGGAGGGCACUGGGAGGCGGGUCUGAGCUCACCACUGCCUGCGACUUCAGACUGAUGACGCAGGGCAGCGAGAUCCAGUUUGUUCACAAGCACAUGGGCCUGGUGCCUGGCUGGGGUGGUGCUGCCCGACUCGUACGCAUCGUGGGCAGCCAGAACGCCCUUAAGGUGCUGGCCGGCGCCAGGAAGGUGGAUACGGAUUACGGCGAACGGAUCGGUCUGUCAGAUGGCACCGUGACCCCUCAGUCUGGGGAGAGCACAGCUCUGGGUGAGGCAGAGAAGUGGCUGAGUGCUUUCACCAAAGGCCCCGCCCCAGUGAUCAGAGCAGUGAAGAAGGUGGUGCUGUCGGGGAGAGAGCUCCCCCUGGAGGAUGCCCUGAGAACUGAAAAAGAUGUAUUUGGAACCGUCUGGGGUGGGCCUGCCAACCUUGAGGCCUUGGCCCGCAAGCCCAAACAUAAGUGAUUGUGAACUGGACAAAGAGCAGCAAAAUCAUGACACAUAAUAACUGUAAACCUACUGCCCUGCAGGGACAGGCAUGGUGGAGACAGACACACACCAUUGAAUGUGAGUAAUUCGGCUCUGCUGCUAACGUUCUACCGAGGUCUUGGUGGUAAAGAAAUUCCAGUCGUACGGACACCAUACAGACACACUGAAGAUGAACUACAGGUUGGCCUUAGUGAUUUGCCUUCCAUCUGCAACCCACUUCAUGUUUCUCAUGUUCUUGCUGCAGUUGAACCUUAACAAAAACCACAACCAGCCUGUUAUCCCUGCUAAUGUCUACACAGCCAUGGGAAUAUUAACAGGGUUCAUCUACACUGAAGAUGCAGUACUGUGCCAGUGUACACAAUUCACAUUGCAUUAACCGUGGAGUGUCUGUCUUCAGGCCACUAGUGGCACCUGUUGGAGUUUCUCACUCUUGUGUUAGGU